AUGGAUAAACCUCAGAUAAUCUGUCACUCUGAGAAAAACGUUAAUUACUCUCUUUUUGAUGGGCGUUGGAUCCCUUCCUCUGCCAAAUUUGUUCUUCUUGGUUCGACACCUCGAGGAACAGGUAUUUUGCAAAUCUACGAAAUUUGUGAGGGAGAAACAAAACUUUUGAAAGAAUUCGAGAAAGGAAAGGCAUUUAAAUGUGGAACGUUUGGUGCCUCAAGUCUUAAAUGUAGGCAUCUUGCUACUGGAGAUUUUGAAGGAAGAUUGCAUAUGUGGAAUCUUGAAGAUACCUCUGUUCCUGUUUAUUCUGUAAAUGCUCAUAAAGAAAUAAUAAAUUGCAUAGAUGGAGUUGGUGGACUGACUGUAGGUUGUGGGGCACCAGAAAUAGUUACAGGUAGUCGAGAUGGUAGUGUUAAGGUUUGGGAUCCACGUCAAAAGCAGAAGCCAGUUGUGACUAUUGAACCUACUGAAGGAGAGGCCCGACGAGACUGCUGGACUGUUGCGUUUGGAAAUUCAUAUAAUUCUGAGCAAAGAGUAGUGUGUGCAGGUUAUGAUAAUGGUGAUAUUAAGAUGUUUGACUUGAGAACUUUGUCUCUGAAGUGGGAGAAAAAUGUGAGUAAUGGUGUGUGUUGUCUGGAAUUUGAUCGCAAAGAUAUAAUUAUGAAUAAAUUAGUAGCCACCACAUUGGAAUCCAAGUUUCAUGUUUUUGAUGUCCGAAAACAACAUAGCAAGAAAGGAUUUGCAAGUAUGUGUGAGCGAGCUCACAAAUCUACAAUUUGGGCUGCUCGCCAUUUACCUCAGAACAGAGACCUUUUUGUAACAACAGGAGGAGCAGGCUCUCUUUGCCUGUGGCAAUAUGAAUACCCAGCCAAGAGAGUUGAAAAGGAUGCUGAUGGAGAAGAGUAUGGUGUUAUGGGAUCUCUGAAUCUUGUACAAAAUAGUACUCUUGCCACUCAACCUAUUGCAAGUUUAGAUUGGAGCCCUGACAAGCUAGGAUUAGCUUUGUGUACUUCAUUUGACCAAGCAUUCCGUGUCCUAAUAGUUACUAAAUUGAAUACUUUAUAA